AUGGGAUGGAGAAGAAAUUGUAUGAAGAUUUUAGUGUGGAAACAUAUUAAUUGCUACGAACAAUUUCAGCAUCACAAACAAACUCAGUUUGGUCCUGUUUACAAGGGUCCACAAGACGGGAAGGAAAUAGCAGUAAAAAGACCAUCUAGUAGCUCAGGGCAAGGCAUAGAAGAGUUGAAGAAUGAGAUUCUGUUGAUCUCCAAGCUCCAACAUAAAAAUCUUGCUUGGAUCAUGGGCUGCUGGGUCAAAGAAGAUGAGAAGUUACUGAUUUAUGAGUUCAUGCCAAACAGAAGCUUGGACACUCAUCUAUUUGAUCCAGCGAGGAGACCUGAGCUUGAUUGGGGCAGACGCUUCAAUAUUAUUCAGGGUAUUGCUAGAGGGCCUCUUUAUCUCCACCAUGAUUCGUAUUUGAAGGUAUUACAUAGAGAUUUGAAGGUCAGUAACAUUCUCUUGGAUGAGAACAUGAACCCCAAAAUUUCAGAUUUUGGAUUGGCACGUAUCAUUCGAGGGACACGGCAUCUAACAAAUACUCAGAAGGUUGUGGGAACACUGUUGGAAGGUCUUAGUGCUGCUGCUGCUGCUGCUGUUACGUUUUUUGUUGAGAAUUAA